UAAACGAUGGCAAGUGUUGUUGAGAUUGUGUUUUUGGGUACUGGUACUUCAAGCUCUGUACCCAGUAUUUCUUGUCUUACCAGCCCUAAAAAAUCGUGCUCAGUGUGUCUUUCUUCACAAACACCUGAAGGAAGAAAAAACAAUAGACGCAAUACGUCUAUGGUUGUUCGUUUUCGUAAACACAGCGAUCCUGAAGGUGCUCGGUUAAGAAAUGUACUUAUUGACUGUGGCAAGACAUUUUAUGAUAGUGCUAUUCAAAUUCUUCCUCAAUAUGGAAUUCGUGAACUAGAUGGUGUAAUUAUCACGCAUGGCCAUGCAGACGCUUGUUAUGGCAUGGACGACUUGAGAGGAUGGACAUUGGGUGGAACCAUUCAGUCACAUAUCGAUGUUCAUUUGUCUCCUGAAGCCAUGGAAGUUGUGACUCGAACAUUUCCUUUCCUGGUAGAUGCUUCUAUGGCUACAGGUGGCGGUGAAGUAGCUGAUUUUAAAUACUAUGUAUUUGAUCCCGCUCAGUCUUUUACAAUCGAAGGUCUUGAAUUUACACCUCUUCCUGCUCAUCAUGGAAAAUACAUCACUACCAAUGAACCCUACUUUUGUUAUGGCUUUCAUUUUGAUGGUAUCAGUUAUAUUUCUGACACAAACUAUAUUCCUAAAGAAACUAUGGAUUUGAUGGUCGGAAAAUCACGUAUUUUUGUUGUAGACUGUCUCCGAUUAAUUCAUCCUCAUGCUUCUCAUUUUAUGUUGGAUGAGUCCAUUGAAGCAGCAAGAAAAGUGAAGGCUUUCAAGACAUAUUAUGUUGGAUUUGCCCAUCGCGUAGAUCAUUACUUGUUAGAAGAUCAAUUAAAAGAGUUAGAAAAGACGGAAGGAUUAAGAGUAGCACCUGCUUUUGAUGGAUUAAAGGUGUCUCUAGAGAACACGGAUGAAUUAGUAGAGUCUUGUUAUUUCGAGCCUAAUUCUGUUGUUGUUAAAUAAAUAAUAAACUGAUAAAAAAAAAAGGCCGA